AUGUCCCAGACCAUCACUUCCGUGAGCCCGGCCCGUACGGCUGCUGCGCCGGCCGUCCUGGAGCUACCGACUCUUGAUGCCGGGACUGGCAGACCGGACCACGCCGGCCUCCAAGACGCAGGAACCUUGUCGACUAGCAAUCAGCGUAGCGGUUAUGGCACGCCGCCGCCUGAGGAUGCCCAGCAUGUGGUUGAACGAUGGAACCAUCCUCACAGGAACAUUGCCAAGAUGGCCUUUGCCUUUGUGGCCUUUUUCGUCGUCGGCAUGAACGAUGCGGCUAUAGGUCCUUUACUGCCCUAUACGAAACGGUCUUCUAAUCUCGACGUCAAGCUGGAAGAAUACUAUGGUCUCGGAAAGACCGUCAUGUCCCUCAUCUUCCUAACGCCGUUCCUGGGAUACUCGGCCGCCGCGCUCGCCAACGCGCAUAUCCACGUGGCCUUUGGCCAGCGCGGCAUCGCCGUCGUCGCUCCGCUCUGCCACAUCCUCACCUACGCCGUGCUGGCCUCCCACCCGCCGUACCCGGCGCUCAUCGUGGCCAACGCCGUCAGCGGCCUCGCUAACGGGUUGCUGGACGCAUGCUUCUGCGCCUGGGUCGGUGCCAUGCAUAGGGGGAACACCAUCCAGGGCUUCCUGCACGCGUGUUACUCCCUCGGCGCGCUCUUCUCGCCCCUCAUUGCCACGAGCAUUGUCGUCAAGGCCGACCUGCAGUGGUUUAACUUUUACUACGUCAUGGCAAGUUUUGUUCCUUUUUCUCCUGUGGGCGUGGCGCUGAUCGAGCUCUGUGGGCUCACGUUCGUCUUCUGGGACAAGACGGGCAGCGUGUACCAGGCCGAGCACAGGCGAGAAGAUCCCAACGCCACCGGGGCCGGAACGAGAGAAGCUCUCAAAUCCCCGGUUACCUGGCUGUGUGCCACGUUUCUCUUCGCCUACAUGGGCGUCGAAGUUGGACUGGGAGGCUGGGUAGUUACAUUCAUGCUGAAUGUCCGCAAGGCUUCUGCCUAUGCCUCCGGUAUUUCAGUGACUGGCUUCUGGACCGGCAUGGUCCUCGGCCGUGCUAUGCUCGGUUUUGUGACGGAGCGAUUCGGCGAGCGCCUCUGUCUGAGCAUCUACCUAGCCAUCUGCCUCGGCCUGGAGCUUCUAUUCUGGCUCGUCCCCCAGUUCAUCGUCUCUGCUGUUGCCGUCGCGUUCCUGGGCUUCUUCUUGGGGCCCAUGUUCCCGGGCGCGGUCAUGCUCACGGCGAAGCUGCUUCCCAGGAGAAUCCAUGUAAGUGCAAUUGGCUUCGCCAUGAGCCUAGGAGGCACGGGAAGUGCCAUCUUCCCGUUCAUCAUCGGUGCAGUUGCCUCCAAAAAGGGUCUUGCUGUGUUUCAGCCGAUUAUUCUGGCGCUUGGUGUAGUCAUAGCGCUCGUGUGGCUCAGCUUCCCACGACUCAGGAAGCGAGAGUGA